GUAUGCUGUCCAGGCUGAUAUUGGUGACUAUGACCCCAUUGACCAUGGCACAGGUGUGGAUUACAUUAGAGACAUGCCUUUUGCCCCAGACCAGACUGAAGACUUAAUCUACAAAAUUGCUGCCUUACACAAACAACACAAAGGUCAAACUCCAGCACAAGCUGCCCUGCACUACCUGGAAUACAGUCACAAAAUGGACCUUUAUGGCCUUGACCUUCAUCAAGUCAAGGAUGCAGAGAAUAAAGAUAUUCUUUUGGGAAUAGGCGCUGCUGGAAUAUCAACUUACAGAGAAAAUAUUUUAAUUAACAAAUUUAACUGGCCAAAAAUUCUGAAAAUUUCUUAUAGAAGGAAUAAAUUCCUUCUCAGAGUAAAACCUGCUGAAUCUAGUAGCUUUGAAAGUUGGGUUACUUUCAAAUUGCCUGAUAAUAAAGCAGCCAAAGCUUUGUGGAAAAUAACUGUUGAGCACCAUGUUUUUAUUCGUUUGAGAUCAGCUGACCAGGCAAAAAAAAGAUUUUCUAGGUCUGGCUCCAAAUUUCGCUUUACAGGACGGACCUUGCACCAGGCCAGGACUAAUGCUGCAGCGCCACAGGAGAGCAACAAGGCCAAAACUAGACAUUCUCUUGGCUCUCUGUUUCACAGAUCCAAAACUAUGAACUAUUCCUUGCUGCCAUCUUAAAUGACAAGUGCCUUGUCAUCUUGAGUGUACCGACCUAUGUAACACCUGACAACCUAUGUAACACCUGACGUCAGAGAAUUGUC